ACCAUUGUCCUUGUGUUAUCUUCUUCUACUCUUCGACUGCUAAACAAAAUUUUGGACUGAAGAAAAUUCACCAAAAGCAAUCGAAAAUAUGAUUGCUUUUCGCAAAUUGGAAGUUUAAUUCAGUCCAUAAAAACUUCAUCGCAGUCUUAGUUGGAUUGGUAUGGCGUGUUCAAUUGCAUCUUCAAGUUCAGCUACUAUAUAUUCAUUUCACAGAAAACCAAUUUCGCAAAACCUAAUUUUAUCCCCAUUUUCCAUAUAUUUCCCGCUCCACAAAGCUCGAUUGCGCGCCGUGAAGACCAGGUCGGACGGCCGCCGCGGCGACUUGUUGAGGAAGCCGGUGGCGCCGUCCCCUGCUUCAAAUGAUGAGGAGGAUUCGGCGGCGGAGUAUUCGGAUGAUGAUGGGAGUGAUAGGAAGCGCGGAGAUGGUGAGACGUGGGUGGAUUGGGAGGAUCAGAUUUUGGAGGACACUGUGCCUCUUGUUGGAUUUGUUAGAAUGAUUCUUCACUCUGGAAAGUAUGAAUGUGGCAAUAGGUUGAGUCCUGAACAUGAGAGAACUAUUCUAGAGAGGGUGCUUCCUUAUCAUCCAACAUAUGAAGACAAGAUAGGAUCUGGAGUUGAUUACAUCACGAUUGGGUACCAUCCUACUUUUGAAAGCUCGAGAUGUCUAUUCAUCGUUCGCAAGGAUGGAGAUUUGGUCGAUUUCUCAUACUGGAAAUGCAUAAAGGGCUUGGUAAAGAAAAACUACCCUUUAUACGCAGACAGCUUUAUUUAUUCGUAUGCAGUUGGGUCUUUCAUAUCCCAUAAAUUGUUACUAACGUAGAUAUGCAUGAACAAAGAAAAAGAAUAUUUAAUUUAUUUUUUUAAUAAGCGUCAUUAGAGAA